AUGGCGAAGAGAAGAGUUUCACCAGUGGAGAAAAGUAGAGCUUCUCUAGUGGAGUGGCAUUAUCAAGUCCCGAAGUGGCAUAUCAUGUUUGUCAACAAUGUGAGUAAAAGAAUUCACUCGAAAACCCUCAAGGAGUCGUUCCAGGCCUAUGGAGUUGUGACAGACGUUUUUAUAGCGUAUAGAAGUAGAAUGAGACUAUUAGUUGGUUCUACAUUUGCUUUUGUUAGAUUUAGAAAUAAAUCUGAAGCAGACAAAGCGGUUUGUAAGGAUGAUGGCAGAUUUAUAGAUGGUUUUAAGAUCAGAGUCUUUCAUGACAACAAAGGAGUUGUAGAGGUCGAAAGGGCGGUUGAUGGCAGUUCUAUUAAGAAAGUGUGGAAGCCAUCGUUAAGAGAUUCCAGGUCGUUUAAGGAAGUUCUCGAAGGGUUGCAGUCUGCCGAAGGGAGGAAAGUAGAUUAUGUUGAUAAUGUUGAUAAUGUUCAACACUCCUUGUCAUCUAGACUGGAUAAGGUGAUUCAUCUUAUGAUUGACGAAGGAAAAUAUAUAAGGCAAGAAUCUACAAAUGGAGAAGAAAACACGACUAUUUGCAUUAAGGAGAAGGAGGUAUCAUGGCGAAAAUCUUGUCUGGUAGGGAAAAUUAAAAACAUGUUCAAUGAAGACAUAAUCCAAGCAGCUUUUUGCGCAGAAGGGUACGAUGUUAAGGUUAGUAUUUGUCAUGACUUACUGGUAGUAAUUCAAUUCCAACAUGAGGUCGUUCGUCAGGAAUGCUGGUUUAAUAGAGAGGAACGGCUUCAUCGCUGGUUCGACGAAUUGGAAUUGUUGGAGGGUUAUGAGAAUAAAGUUAAAAUUAAAGUCUGGAUUCAUUUAUUUGAUGUGCCUUUAGCUGUGUGGAGUAAGGAUUUUUUCAUGGAUUUGGGAAGCCGGUGGGGCAAAGUUAUGCGGAUUGAUGAAGAUACCUGUGAUCGGAGGAGGUUUGAUGUAGCUAAGAUUUUGAUGGAAGUUCAAUAUGUCUCGGACGUUCCAGAGAGAGCUUUCAUUGUCUUCAAUGGAAGAGUUUCUCCAAUAAAAUUGCUACAGAAGUUCAAGAAGAAACUCGAGUGUUCUUAG